AUGGCCACCUUCAUAGAGCUUAGUACCAAAGCCAAGAUGCCCAUCAUGGGUCUGGGCACCUGGAAGUCUUCCCCAGGGCAAGUCAAAGACGCUGUGCGGACAGCCAUUGACGUGGGUUAUCGCCUCAUCGACUGUGCCUACGUGUACAUGAACGAGAGUGAGGUGGGGGAGGCCAUCCAGGAGAAGAUCCAAGAGAAGGUCGUGAGGCGAGAGGACCUUUUCAUUGUCAGCAAGCUGUGGGCCACCUUCUUCGAGAGGCCACUGGUGAAGCAAGCCUGUCAGAAGACCCUCAUGGAUCUGAAACUGGACUAUCUGGACCUCUACCUCAUUCACUGGCCACAGGGGCUGCAGCCGGGGAGUGAACUUUAUCCCACAGAUGAGAAAGGCAAUUUCCUCGUCAGUAAAACAACAUUCCUGGAUGCCUGGGAGGCCAUGGAGGAGCUGGUGGACGAGGGGCUGGUGAAAGCUAUCGGUAUCGCCAACUUCAACCACUUCCAGAUCGAGAGGCUCUUGAACAAGCCUGGCUUGAAACACAAGCCAGUGGCUAUCCAGAUCGAGUGUCACCCAUACCUGACGCAGGAGAAGCUGAUCCAGUACUGUCAGGACAGAGGCAUUGUGGUCACUGCCUUCUGCCCCCUGGGCUCUGCAGACAGGCCUUGGGCCAAACCAGAGGACCCUUCACUGCUGGAGGACCCAAAGAUUAAGCAGAUUGCAGCAAACCACAACAAAACUGCAGCCCAGGUCCUGAUCCGCUUCCAUCUUCAGAGGAAUGUGACCGCAAUUCCCAAGGCUGUGACCCCAGAGCAUAUUGCUGAGAACAUCCAGGUCUUCGACUUCCAGCUGAGUGAUGAAGAGAUGACGACCCUGUUCAGCUUCAACAGGAAUUGGAGGAUCUUAAACAUCGUGGAGGGCGCCUGUUUGGAGGACUUCCCUUUCACAGCAGAAUAUUGA